AUGGUCGAUGAGGCUUUGCUGAUGUUUUCUUAUUAUAUAUGUCAUGAUCGCAGGCUAAAAAUAGCGCUCGGCGUAGGCUCGGCGAUUGAAUACCUGCACGGCCUGUACCGUCCGUUGCGGCACGGCAACAUCAGGGCGGACAACGUGAUGCUGGACGAGUUGUUCAACGCAAAGCUCGGUGGUUUCGACGCAGCGGCGUCAUCCAAGGGAAGCCUGUCCGACGAUGUGUUGGCGUUUGGUGCGUUGCUUCUGGAGCUAGUGCGCGGCCGGCGGUGUCAGACAACUGCUAGUGCCUGCUGCACGAAUCAUCAAGCAGUCAAUGCUGCAAUCCUGGACUACGAUGAUCAGUGCCUUGACGGACAGUUUGACAGAGAGGAGGUACAGCGUGUGAUGUUGGUUGGGCUCUGGUGUUCGCACCCGGACAAAUGGCAGCGGCCGACCAUGGCACAAGCCCUGAGAUAUCUAAUGUCGGAGGACCCGUUGCCAACGGCCAUAACUGAGCAAGCUUCCAAGUCGGUUGCAGACUUUUGGACACUGUGA